AUGAGACAUCUUUCAAUGAGCCAAUCUCAAAUGACUCGAUCUAAAAUUUAUACAUCUUCUCAUCCUGAAUCUCAAUUUCUAUAAUUAGAUAAUGAUAUUCUCGAAAUAUAUGAUGAAUUUGAGAAGAAUUACAAUACCAUAUAAGAAAUAGACAAAACUAAUACUAAAAUUGAAACAAAACAAAAGAUUAUUGAGAAACCUAAAAUAAUAUAAUAACAGAAAAAGUUAUUGAAAACUUUUGAUGGAUUAUAAUAAUCUGAUCUUGAAAUUGAAUAUAUUAAUAGGAUAUAAAUUGUCAGAUUUAGAUUUUAUUACUUUAGAAUAAAAAUUAAAGGAAAAUAAUGUAAUAAUCAAAUAUUAUUAAUUUUUAGCUCCUUUACAGAUCUUAUUAAAUUUCCCAUCCAAAAUAACAAGUACUUAAUACAAGUUAUUCGUUUCGACUACAAUAGAAUUUCCAAAUAAAUUUAAUGCAGAUCAAUCUGUUUAGAGUAGAUUUGUAAAGAUUAACUCUAAACAGAAUUCGAAAUUAUUUUUUGAUGAAUAUGUUUACUUAACAUUUUAUAGUGAAUUUGAUGCCAUAAUAGGUAUGUAAAUUACAUUUGGAGAAUAAUAAACAGCAUCAAAUGGAUAAAAAUUAGUAUAAUCUAUGAUAAAUUUUGAUACAUUUCCUGAAAGAAGAACAAUUCAUCCUAAAGAUAAGAUUCUAUAAAAUAUUGAAAUGGCUAAAACUAAAAUGUUUUCAAAAUUAGAUGAAAUGCUAAAAGCAAAACGUAAUAUAAUAAAGUAUAUAUUAGAUAGAAAUACUAAAUCUUAAGAGACUAUUUAGAGAUCAAAAUUGAUCUAAAAAGAAGUGAGAUAAACAAGAUUAAUUAAACUAUUAGUCAAAGAUUAAAUAAUAUAAUUUAGAGAAGUAGAAAAAGUUCAUUAGAAAGAAUUAUAAUUAUAAAUAUUUGUUAAAAAGAAUUGGAUAUUGAUAACAACAAUAUUUAAUAUAUGUAGAUAAAUUUAUAGAAAAUUAGAAGUAAAAUUAUUAUUUAUGUUAGAAAGUAAGACGUAAGAAUAAAAUAGCAGCAAGAGCUAAUUUAUUAGUAUGGUAAUUGCAUACAAAGGCUUUAAUUGAAGUAAAGAAAUAUGGUGAUAACCCAUUUAUAAGAUCUCUUAGUAAAUCAUCUAUUGUUUUAUCUACUUUUACAUCUUACAUCUAAGAGAAAUGUAUUACAAAAUCAGAAAGAAUAAUAAGUUAAUUCUUGGUUGAUAUCAUACUUUAUUAAACUUUCAUAAAUAAACAUAUUUAAUUGAUUUCUAAAAGUAUUUAUAUCCAAUAAGUAAAUUAGUAAAAUGCAUUUAAAGAAAUUAUAGAAAACUUCGAUUAGUUAGGAAGAAUUUCAAAGAUAAAUUUAUAAAAGCUUUUAAAGAAAAACUUUAGAUCUUAUAUUAAGGAAGAGGAAGUGAUUAAAAACCUAGAAUUAAUAUUGAAUAGUAAUUUUACUUUAUUAUUUUAGACAUAUUAUUACUAAAUUAUUUGAAGAAUAUUCAGCAAAGAUAAAACAUAGAUGGAUUGAUUCUCGAAGAGCCAUAAAUGUUUUGUCAGUAUUUAAAAAAGUAAUCAUUUAUAAUCAAUUAAAAAAUAGAGUUUUUCAGUAUAAAGAUAAGAAAUCAAAUUAUAUUCAUUACCUGAUGAAGCAGAAAUGUAAUUGAUAAUUUAAUAAUAUUACAAAUUAAAAAAAUAAUUGAGCUGA